GACCAAUUCAACACGUAUUGUUCGAGCGCACCGCAUAUAUCCUUCAACAUUGAAUCUUCAAACCACAAUCACACAAUAUGGAUCCAUUCUCAGCAGAGGGCGAGCUUCUCAACUUGCACAAUUAUUUUCACCAAGGCCAAUUUCAAGAAGCCAUUGAUUUCGACACCAGUGCCCUUUCUCCAGAGAAUGCACUCCCGGCGCGGGUUAUAUCACUAAGAGCUCAAAUUGCACUCGGGCAAGCUGAAGAUGUUCUCGCAGACGUGCAAGGAGAAGAUGCCGUUGAGUUGAAGGCUGUCGGAGCUCUAGCCGUUUUCGUGAGCGAAGAUGAAGAUAGGGGCGUCCAGAUGAUCUCGAAAUUGGCCGAGGAUUCGAGCGACAAUGCGACAGUGCAGGUAUUGGGUGGAACAGUUCUACAAGCUGCGGGAAAGAGCGAGGAAGCUUUACAAUUGUUGGCGCUGCACCAGGGUAACCUUGAGGCGGUCGCUCUCAUUGUUCAAAUUCAUCUGGAACAAAACCGUACCGAUUUAGCUAUCAAAGAAGUUCAACAAGCUAGGAGAUGGGCUCAAGAUAGUCUGUUGGUUAACUUGGCAGAGUCCUGGGUGGGACUUAGAGUUGGCGGAGAGAAAUACCAACAAGCAUUCUAUGUUUUUGAAGAACUCGCACAAGCUCCAUCAACAUCCUCAACACAAAGUCUUGUCGCACAAGCAAUCGCGGAAAUACAUCUAGGAAGAUUGGAGGAAGCAGAAGCAGCAUUAGAACAAGCUUCCAGCAAGGACCCAGAGAAUGCAGAAGUCCUUGCAAACAAAGUCGUUUUGAACACAAUCUCAGGAAAGGAUUCCAGCGAUUUGUUAAGUUCGUUAGGAAGUACAUCACCAGAACACGCAUUCUUGAAGGACUUGGAGGAGAAGAGCUCCCUAUUCGACAAGGCUGCUACAAAAUACUCUCCCAAGGUCGCAGCCGCAUAAUAGACCUUGGUUUAGUAGUAGACACGAAAAUCUUUUAGGGCGUUAGGGAAAUUUAUGUCGUUGUUUAGCGAGGUAUAGAAGAAUGGUCUCUUGUUUAUUGAACGCUGAGAUGGUUUAUGCGAGAGGGCAUAACAGCUCCAUCUGUGAUCAAGUACCCAAAUGGCAGCUUUCCUAGGCUGCUAGUAGUGGGCAGAAGCAUUGGAAAAGAUGAUUGAAACAUUGCAACCAGACAAAAAGAGGGAAAUGCGAAGAAUAUCAAUAAUCUCCCAAGAUGAUCAAAAUUAAUUGCAUUGAACUGCA